UCUCCUCCUCCUCCAUAUUUCUCACCCUCCUAAAUGUGGCUGCCACAUUCCAACCAAUCUCUCUUAGCUCUCUUCCUCUUCGUCUCGGCGUCGAUUCUGGUCGUCGGCACACUGCGAACGAUCGUAGAGUUUUCUUUCCUGACUAAAAUCUAUUUCUCGACAACUCAUGGAGACCCUGCUGACGUACUCGAACAAGGAUGCAAUCUCUUCCAAGGGAGGUGGGUGUUGGAUGAGCACAACUCUCGCCCUCUCUACACCGAGGAGAGCUGCCCCUACUUGACCAGGCAAGUGACCUGUGGGAGGAACGGGCGCCCGGACUCCCUCUACCAGAAGUGGCGGUGGAAACCGGACGCAUGUGAUCUGCCAAGGUUCGAUGCUUUGAAGUUGCUGGAGAGGCUGAGGAACAAGAGACUCAUGUUCGUCGGCGACUCGAUACAGAGGACGCAGUGGGAGUCCAUGGUGUGCCUCCUCCAACCUGCAGUCCCCGACGGCAAACGGUUCAUCCACAAGGAUCCCCCAAGGAAGGUUUUUGUGGCGGAGGAGUUCAAUGCAUCGAUCGAGUUCUACUGGGCUCCGUUUCUAGUGGAAUCGAACUCUGAUCACGCCACGAAGCACACAGUUCAGAGAAGGCAGGUGAAGCUGGACUCCAUCACAGAACACAGCCAGCACUGGGCGGCGGUCGACGUGUUGGUGUUCGAGAGCUACGUUUGGUGGAUGUAUCAGCCUCUCAUCAACGCAACAAAUGGCUCCCAUGACGUCCACGAGUACGAUGUCGUCGCCGCAUAUGAACUGAUGCUGAGGACCUGGGCAAAAUGGAUCGACUCCGCCAUGAAUCCCGACACACAGAAGGCCUACUUCAUGAGCUUAUCACCAACCCAUCUUUGGAGCUGGGAGUGGAGAAACGGGAGCAACGGGAACUGCUUCAAUGAGUCGUACCCGAUUCAGCGGCCAUUCUGGGGAGCAGGAUCCAGCUUAGAUGUCAUGAGAGCAGUGGCAGAAGCUCUGCAAGGGUUGAAGGUGAAGGUGACGAUGUUGAACAUCACGCAGCUAUCGGAGUUCCGCAUGGACGCUCACACCUCCGUGUACACCGAGCGAAGAGGAAAGCUCAUCACGGGCGAGCUGAGAUUGAAUCCAGAGAUGUACGCAGACUGCAUCCACUGGUGUUUGCCGGGUGUUCCAGAUACUUGGAACGAGAUCUUGUAUACGUACUUGAUACACGGUGGUCACUAAGCAUCUGUCGUAGUACAUGAGAAUUAUACACUAUACAUUCUUCUUCUUC